AUGCCGAAGCAACCCCGCCCCAGCCGCCUGCGCCGUGUCCUCACCGCCGCCGGGGCUGCUACCGUCGCUGGUCUUGUGCUUUUCUCCGGCCGCCAGGCGGUACUCUCCAAAGCCCCCGUCUUCUCGCCGGGCCUGUUCCCCGGCGGCCUCGCCGUCGAGAGCUGGCCGCUGCCUCAGGAGCUGCUUCGCCCGCCGACCUUCCUGUUUCCGCACCCGUCGGAAGCCGACAUCGAUUUUGCCCUCCCGCGCCGCCUGUUGCCGCUCCGCCCCCACUCGCAGCCCCAGCACGACGUCUUCCUCCCUGAUGAAUCGGAUGCCGCGGUCUUCCCUGAUUCCGAUGCCGUCCUGCUCCCUGACUCCGAGGUCCUGGUCCUGGCCGACGAGCCUGUGGACGACGCGAUCUGUGCCUUCCAAGGUGGUGCCUCGUCCCCGGCGCGUGCUCUCGGGACGCUGCCAGGCCCCGGACGCCAGGCCUACCUCUGCGCCAUGCCUGAAACAGAGCAGAGCAUCCAGCCGCUCCAAGCGCCCCUGCUGCUUUCCGCCUCCUCCUCCGCUGACUCCCCCGCCGCCGCCCCUGCUGAUCUCCCUGUCCGCCCGAUGCUCAACUGGAGCAACCGCCUAGUCUUCGACUCUGCUGUUCUCGACGGAGGCGACGUCCUUGUCUUCGCGAAAGGUGUCAUCCGCCGCCAGUGGGCAAACACAGCCAAUCCCCCAGUCCAGUGCGUGUACCGUGGCCAUGAUGAUGGCGCGUCGGCCUCCCUCCCAGCCAUCACUGCGGCGCAACAAGUAGCCAGGUGCCCCCCUCCACCGGCUCUUCUUACUUCCCACAGCAACACCCAGCUCCGAGUCACACUGUCUGUCAUCGGCGAGGAGCCCAUCCCCUCCCUUGCGAUAUACCGUCCACAACAAAGUGACCUUGCAGCAGUAGCGCCACCUACGAGAAACAAUAUCUGUGCCUGCACAAUGGUGCGGAAUGUCUCAAAGUUUCUCUGCGAGUGGGUACUGUACCAUGACGCUCUGGGCGUCGACCAGUUUUUCUUGUACGACAAUGGAAGCGAGGAUAAUUUGGCGGGUAAGGUGGCUGACUUGAGGUCCACAGGAGUCAACAUUUCCACCGUGGCCUGGCCUUGGACAAAAACGCAGGAAGCUGGCCUUUCCCACUGCGCCGCAGUGCACCAAACAUCGUGCCAGUGGAUGGCAUUCGUUGAUGUCGACGAGUUCAUCUUUUCUCCGGACUGGAAAAAUUUAGAGAGUCCCUCGAAGUCCAUGCUUGAAGCACUUGUCUCGGUUGACCCACAGAUUGGCCAAAUCUAUCUCCCCUGCUUUGAUUUUGGUCCCUCGGGUCAAACAGCACAUCCGCAGGAUGGUGUCUGUCAAGGCUAUACUUGUCGGUUGAAGACCCAGCAGCGGCACAAGUCCUUCGUCCGUCUUGAGGCUGUGGAACCUUCCCUGCAGAACUCUGUACACCACUUUUCGCUCAGAUCUGGUUUCACUAACAUGUGGACCAGGCUGGCGCGCAUCAACCACUACAAAUAUCAAGCGUGGACAGAGUUCAAGUUAAAGUUCAAAAGACGUGUUUCUGCAUAUGUAGCUGACUGGACUGAUCCGGUGAACCUAAAGUCCAGUGACCGAGCUCCUGGUUUAGGAGUUGAAGCUGUCGAACCACCUGGUUGGGCUGACAAGUUUUGUGAGGUAAAGGAUACUCUUAUGCAGGAAUUGAGUGUAAGAUGGUUUGGUACGGGAUUUGCAGGCCAUGGAUCGUCCAAGUCAAAGGGUUCCCAUGAAACCCACACUGGUGAUGUUGCCCUCUCCUCCUCUCUUCCAUAG